AAUAGAAUUCCGUGUUGAGGAAAUGAUGACCUUACUUAGUAAAGGAUUAGAUGAUGUUCGAUUUUUAGGGAUUUAUGGGAUGGGUGGAAUUGGGAAGACAACUUUGUCAAAAGCCAUUUAUGAUAGAGUUUCUCAUCAAUUUGAAGCUAGUUGCUUUAUUGAUGGUAUUAGAGAAGAAAGCAGAACUACUCGUGGUCUAGUUGAUCUUAAAAUAGAACUUAUUUCUGAGAUCCUCGGGGAAAGGGACAUAAAUAUACGGAAUGACCACAGGUUAAGCCAAGUGAUAGCAAAUAGACUACGUACUAAAAAGGUUUUUAUUGUUCUUGAUGAUGUGGAUGGAAAAGACCAACUAGAAGCAUUAGCAGGGAGACAUGAUUGGUUUGGUAAAGGGAGUAGAAUCAUUAUAACAAGCAGAGAUUGUCAUUUGCUAAAUAGAUAUGUGAAUGAUACCUAUGAGGUUAAGGUGCUGAAUGAUGCGGAAGCUUUACAGCUCUUUAGUUGGAAAGCCUUCAAGAAACCCCAUCCUGAAGAAAAUUAUGUUGAAUUGUCUAAGGAUGUUGUGAGUUACGCUCAAGGCCUUCCUUUAGCUCUUGAAGUUUUUGGUUCCUUCUUAUAUGGUAGAAGAAUGGAUUUUUGGAUAAGUGCUAGGAAUCUACUAAACAAAAAUCCAAACGCAGAAAUUUUGGAUAAACUUAAAAUAAGUUUUGAUGGAUUGGAGGAUUUGCAGAAACAAUUGUUUUUAGAUAUUGCAUGUUUCUUCAAUGGAAAACAUAUAUAUAGCAUCAGACACAUACUAGAGAGUCUUGGUUACUAUCCGGACAUCAAUCUCGAUGUUCUUGUGGACAAAUCUCUUUUAACAAUCUCAUGGGGAAAAUUAUGGAUGCAUGAUUUGUUACAAAAAUUGGGUCAACAAAUAGUUCAUUAUGAAUCUGCUGAAGAGCCUGGCAAAUGCAGUAGAGUGUGGCGUUACGAGGAUGUCCUUCACAUAUUGAAAAACAAUACUGGAACUGAUGCGGUCAAAGGCAUUGUCCUAACAUUAGAUUCACAAAUACAGGAGCGACUAACUAUUGAAGCCUUCUCAAAGAUGACAAAAUUGAAAAUUCUUCAGAUUCCAUUGGCUCGUGAUAAUGCUCUGGAAUGGUGUGGAGAUCCUUCAAAUUUCAUGUUAAGCAAUAAGUUAUGUGUUAUGGAAAUGUGGAAAUAUCCUUUUGAAUCCUUCCCGAUCAAUUUCCAACCAGACAAUCUUGUUGAGCUCAUUAUGCCUCACAGCUGCAUCAAAAAACUGUGGGAUGGAAGGAAGAGUUUUCCCAAAUUGAAACGCAUUGACCUGAGUUUUUCUAAAAACUUGGUCGAGACACCAGACUUGAGCGGAGUCCCAAAUCUUAAGAAACUAGAGCUUGAACAUUGUACAAGUUUGUCUAAGGUCCACCCAUCCAUUGGAUUUCUAAGACACCUUAAAUGGUUGAAACUACAAGAUUGCAAGAGUCUUGAGAGACUUGCAGACGAGAUGAGAUCUGAAUCUCUUGAAUUUCUUUAUCUUUCUGGUUGUUCAAGACUCGACAAGCUUCCAGAUUUUGUGGGAAAUAUGACAUCUUUUUGGUAUCUUAAUUUGAAUGGGACUGCCAUAAAAGAGUUAUCAUUUUCAUCUAAGACUUUGCACUGUCUUGAUAUAUCUAAUUGCUCGAGACUAGAGAAAAUCCCAAAGGACCUCAUCAGUGUUAUGGAACUUCCAUGGGAAAUUUGUGUUGCUGGAAGUGGCUCAGAUCUCAUUAGUAUUUUGAUGCCUAAUUCGUUCUCAAGUUUAAGCUCUUUAACAAAACUAGAUUUUAGUAAUUGCAAUCUAUCAGAUGGAGCGAUCCCCAAUGAUCUUUGCUGCUUAUCCUCACUUUAUGAUUUAAAUUUGUCUGGAAACAAAUUUACGAGGAUACCAGACAUCGGGCAGCUUUCUAAGCUUAUAACUCUAGAUUUGAGUCACUGCAACCUGUUGGAUGGAGCAAUCCCCAAUGAUCUAAGUGGCAUCUCCUCACUUAUGUAUUUAGAUCUGUCUGGAAACAACUUUACGAGACUGCCAAAUACUUUGGCUCAACUUUCUUGUCUUGUAAGCCUUUGCUUGGAAGAUUGUAGUUUGCUUCGAGUAUUGCCGAAGCUUCCAUUAGAAUUACGGACAUUGAGAAUAAAAGGUUGUCCAUUGCUUAAGAUGUUUUAUGACCAAUUGGACGUGUGGACUUCAAAUGAAAAAUUUAGGAGCACCGAUUGCUCUUUUGCGGCCACUUAUAUUGAUUAUGAUGGCAAACCCAGCAAGAUCCUAUAUAUGCAUCCACGAAGUCCUGUAUGGAUUGAGAGCAAUGAUGAUAGCCAAGGUUUUCGUACUCAAGUAGCAUGUGGCCCUGCGCUGCUGGGAUCAGGAAUCCCAGAGUGGUUCAACGAUAAAAGCACAAAUUCAUCUGGAACAAUUCAAAUGCAUACAGAUUGGACCCCAUUACGGCUGAUGGGGUAUGCUCUUUUUAUUGUUUAUGAAUUUCAUGAGCCUGACAGAAACAGAAAAAAACAAAAGGUCGAUGAGCAUGGGAAUUCUAAUUCUAGAAUAUUUGAUGGCCGCAAUCCUAAUUUUCCUUACUUUCUUUGUCAAUUUCAAGCCAAUGAAGUUGAUAUUGGAAAACCCUUUGUCCUUUUUGACCAUAGAGUCCCUUCUGUUGGGCCAAGUGGAUUUUGGGCGUAUAUACCACUAAUACCAGGUAGGUUCUACAGGAGAGUAUUCAGUUAUAUCCUCAGUGAUGAAAGGACCGAUUGGAGCAACCUUGAGGCUUCAAUUACAACAAGCAGCCUGAAUGUAGAGGUAAAGGAGUGUAGGGCGCGUGUAGUACGUGAACAUGAUGCUUCAGAGUUCGACCAAGUUCUCAAUAGCAUUUCCCCAAGUGGUUUGGAUUUAAAAAGUGGUCGGAAACCUUUUUUAGAUUUCACAUAUAAUUUUCUCUUUGUCGAUGGCCCUAUUAGCAUAGGAUCUUUUGAAAAAAAAUCAGAGGUCUAAAAUUCGCCCCAUAGGAAACAACUUCUUAACGGGCAUUCAAACAAAGAUGAGAAAAAGUUGACGUUAUCAGAGUCUCCUUUUCCAUCCCAGAGGAUAGGGCGAAGCAAUAAUUAAAGAAAAUGAGAAGCAAAGCGCAAGAAUGGCAAGCGAGGAAGCGAUGGCUGAAAACACAGAGGCACCUCUCUUAACAACUCUACACCUUCAACACUGUAGAAGAGUUUUGGUGCAGAAAAGAAGUAUUUGGCGGCACUCUUUGGUGAGUCUUUACAUGCCAUCCUCAGUUGCUUAGGCUGCUUUUGAAAGCUUGCUGCCGAAAACCCCAACCAUGGUUCUGUAAAAAAAUUUUGUUGCAUAAUGUGACUGGUAGUGUAUUGAAGAAAUUAUUGGAGAUGUUGGAACUUUUUCAAUGCAGAUGUUAGAACUUCAGAAAAUAAAUAAUGGAAAAAUGUGGAUUAUCUUCAAUAAAAAGAAAUCAGAGCUAAAUCACCCAAUAAGCUAUUCUGUUCA